AGCGCCCUUCCACAACCCUAUUUCUGGGAAGCCUGUUUGCUGCAGUAGCUGUUGGCCAAGUGAGAGAGACAGAGACAAAACCAUCUGUAUACCUGCAAAAUAAAAUAAAAUAAAAUAGAAGAUCGACCCGAGCUGCAUCGUGGAGGAACCCAUUGGCAGUGACUCUCUCUCUGGCUUGAAGAGAAUCAACCCGACCCAAAGAAGGCAAUGAUACGGAUGAGGAUGACAACGUGGUGCCUCUUUCCUCUUCUCCUCUCCUUCUGCCUCGCUGUCGCCUCCCAAAAGAUCCCCCGCCUGAAGCUGACACCCAAAGAUGCUUUACUCGCGACGUUCUCUGAGAAGGACAGUCCGAAGCCCAUGUACCACGAAGCGGGCUCCAACCAGGUCCUGAUCGGAGGCCGGGGGGCACUAUGGUUCCUCACUUUUACAGGGUCGACAGUCAAUCAGAAGAUGAUUCCUCUGAAGCCCGAUGAGAAGGCGGAGAAGGACUGCAAGAAAAGGCCGACGUUAGAAGAGGGCGAGUGUGAGAACAUCAUCCGUCUGAUCAAGAAGCUGGACUACAGGAUCAUGGUCUGUGGGACCAACGCCGGUUCCCCCAAAUGCUGGUUUCUGGUGAACUCGACUUGGCAGCAGGACAGGCAUGGCCACAAUAUCACUCUCUCUGCGGACAACAUUGUCCCGCCGCUGGAGUCCCAGAAAGCCGUGUCCAUUGCCAUCGAAGGAAACCUUUAUUCCGCUGUGUCGGGGAAGAAAGGUAUGAUCCAGAGAAGCUACGGAAACAAGAAAGGGAUCAAGACGGAAGACAGAUGGCUAGCCAAAUCGGAAUUUGUGGGUGCUGCCCUCCUUCCCGAGGACAAUCCAAAGAACGAUGAGAUCUUCUUCUUCUACAACGACGUCAACGAAACGGCCGGACUGGACAAAGAGCCUUACAAAGCUCACCUGGGACGUGUCUGCAAGGAGGACCAAGGCGGGAAGCCCAUCCUGACCGACUCCUGGAGCACCUUCCUCAAGGCCCGGCUGGUGUGCGGACACCCCAACGAACCCAUGCGCUUCCACCGCCUCCGAGGCGCCUUCGUCUUCCGAAAGGAGGGGAAAGGCGAGGCCGUUCUCUAUGGUGUCUUCUCCAGCACUUGGGGUUCGUCGGCUGUUUGCUCGUACUCUAUGAAGAGAGUCAGCUCCCUUUUCAAGACAUCCAGCUUCAGAGGAGGUCCUGCAAGCAUACCCUAUCCCCGACCUGGAACGUGCUUUCCGCCAGAAUCCUCCCACCAGCAGACCAGAGGGACCUUGAAUUACAUUAAGGAUCACCCAGAACUGGACGCGGUUAUCUACCCCGACGAAGAACGCCCGCUCUAUGUCCUCCAGAAUAAUGACACGUACACCCACGUGGUUGUGGACCAGGUGCGGGACGCCAGCAACAUGUCCUACGAUGUCCUUUACCUGGGGACAGCGAAAGGGAAGAUCCACAAAGUGCUCCGGAGCAAAGACCAGACAGUGAUCAUUGCCGAGAUCAGUCCCUUCAAGGAGCAAGAGCCCAUCUCUUCGAUGAUCCUGGACACCAACACGAGCCACUUGUAUGCCGACACCAAAGCGGAAGUCACUCGCCUGCCGCUGGCUGACUGCGACCAGUAUAGCGAAAACUGCUGGAAAUGCGUCCUGGCUCGCGACCCGUACUGCGGAUGGGAUGUGGAUGGGAGGAAAUGUUCAGCCGUUUCCCAAGACGAAAACCACACUGGCAGGUUGCUUCAGAGCUUGGAUUCCACAAAUACAACAUACGUGUGUGAAGCUGCGGAAGCCAAACUGGCCCAAGAGGCUCUCAAGAAGGUGAGUGUGGACCCCACCAGCUACAUCUACCUGCCGUGCCCGCUGAGAUCCCACCACGCCAUCUAUACCUGGGUCAAAGACGACAAGACGUACCCUUGCGCCAUGGACGAACAGUCCUGCACCCUGCGCUUCGGGGAGAGCACCCCCAUGGACCAGGGGGUCUUCAAAUGCACUGCCAAAGAGGAGGGCUUCCAGGAGGAAAUCACGGCCUUCAAAGUCACACUCAACGCCGGCAAGGUCUCGGAAGUCUCCUUGAUCGCGGUGGGCGCCGGCAUUGUCUUCCUCACCAUCACCAUCCUCUUGCUAUAGACCGGUUCGAUACGAAACGAUCUCAUCACACUGCCAACUCCAACGUUUACCCCUUUGAAAGAAUCGGACCGUUUGUAUGUUCCCGCACCAAAGCCGCACGCCUUGGACAAAAACGCGCUUCACGCAACAAAACGGGAUUCUCCGUCGCUCCCGAAUCCGCGGUCUCGUCUUCUUUACAAUCACAGAUGCCUUUUCUUUUGUGAUCUUUCAUUUGGAGUUGCAGCCCGAUCCAAGAAUUAUUUUUGAAACGGGGUUCUCCAAAUGGACGUACCGUCGUUCUUGAAUCCGGACGUUUCAACCACACUUUCCUCCCCAUAAAUACGGUCUCGUCUUCUUUACAAUCACAGAUGCUUUUUCUUUUGUGAUCUUUCGUUUGGAGUUGCAGCCCAAUCUAAGAGUUAUUUCUGAAACGGGGUUCUCCAAAUGGAUGUGCCAUCGUUCUUGAAUCCGGACGUUUCAACCACACUUUCCUCCCCAUAAAUACGGUCUCAUCUUCUUUACAAUCACAGUUGCUUUUCUUUUGUGAUCUUUCGUUUGGAGUUGCAACCCAAUCCAAGAAUUAUUUUUGAAACAGGGUUCUCCAAAUAGAUAUACCAUCGUUCUUGAAUCCGGACGUGUCAACCACACUUUCCUCCCCAUAAAUACGGUCUCGUCUUCUUUACAAUCACAGAUGCUUUUUCUUUUGUGAUCUUUCAUUUGGAGUUGCAGCCCAAUCCAAGAAUUAUUUUUGAAACGGGGUUCUCCAAAUGGAUGUACCAUCGUUCUUGAAUCCGGACGUUUCAACCACACUUUUCUCCCCAUAAACACAAACGCCAUUUUCCAUUUUUGCUUCCUUUUUUUACAAGUUACAGCCCAAUCCAAGCAUUAUUUGUUUGUCCUACAGUUUUGGGAAAGACAUAUAUCCAAGUUGCACUUUGCACACGACGUGUCACAUAUCUGUUGUGGAUCGUGUUUGUAACGCCCCAAGGCUUUUUGCAUGUGCUUCACAAUGGGCAAAUUGUUAUCGCUUGCCGGCACAAAAAUAGACUAUGGACCAACCAUGAAGGAGUCGAAUCAUGCGGCAAAAUAAAGCUUCCCGCUUUCAACUACCGUCGGGAGCAAGAACGAGCCGAUUCUGCCUUGUUUCAUCUGCCUUCGUCCAAACGGACGCUUUCGGCGGCGUCGACCUGUUGCCGGCUGCCAAUUAUUCAGUGUGCCGUCAUAAAGACUCCGCUUAUAUAAUCUUGUAUACUAAAGAAGCAUGCCGUCAACACAUCCUAUCCCAAGAAAAAAUCAUCAAAAUGGUGGACCGAGCGGAGAGAGGUCAGUUGCGAAGAAAGGAAAAGAAUCAAGAUUUUUACAGAACGGAGCCAAAUGGGUGCCAGAUUGCCGAAGCUUGAGUUUGAGCCAUGAGAUCUUUUGAAUGGAGAAGACGGGAGAAUUGCGGGAACACAAUGCACAAAGACAAUUGACUAAAACGUUAAAACAUAUUUUGCCAGAUUCGGCAAAACCCUUCAUCGGAGAAUGCCAAUUCCUCGGGAAGAAUAGUGGAAGUAAGCCAUUGCCUCCAAGCCAUUGACACGACAAGUCUGCUUCCUUAUUGUAACGGGGAGCAGUUUAAGACUUUCCUGUUUACAGGGGAGACACGACCUAUUUGUUGCAUGACAUCAAAACGCUUGCACAUGUCUCUUCUAUUAGGACAGAGAGUAAGUGGAACAGAGCAGGAUAAAUGGGAUGUGUAUUUCUGACCAUGAUAUAAAAGAUCCCAAAAAUUAUUGGCCAAUGUUUCCGCUAAAUAAUAGAUGAUAAAUACGUGGCUGCCAUUUAGGCAAAGCAAUUGUAAACAGUACAAUAAAGUCUACUCUGUAAGGACCAA